AUGUGGAUUCUCUCUAUGUCGGAUUUAGUGUCAAGAAUGCAGUUUGUGAGACGAACAGUUCGACAGCUUCAAAAACAAAAAGAAGAAAUCAUAAGUUUCGACUGUGGUGACUUUAGAAUGUCGGGAAAUUAUCAUCAGGCAGCACCACCUGUCUUUACACAACCGUAUCCAGUAAAUAAUCAACCAAUUAUUAUUCAACAGCAACAAAACAAAGAUGUUCAACAUGGAUGUCAUUGUUUAUUAUGGAUAUUAACAGCAGGAUUAUGGACACCAUGCUGGAUAGCAGCUUGCUGUGGAUGCUGUUGUGAACGGCCUUGCUAA